AUGUAUGUGAAAUGGUUUGAUACAGUUAUGUUUUACUAUGUGAUUUUAGUGAUUUUAGUGAAUGUCACUUUUUGUCAUUUUCAAAUUUCCCGCCAGUUCCAUCCCCGUACGUCCCGACGCUCAAAGGGGACGGAACCCAGAUGACAGAUGCCGGCAUCCGCUGGAUUAAUUUGCUGGGGACACUGCAGGAGGGACAUCGCGGGAGCGCAGGACAAGGUAAGUGAUCGAGGAGCAGCGCCGCAUGGUAAGCCCGAGUGUAGCUCGGGGUUACUGCUUGUGCUACACUCAGGAAUACCUCCAGGGAGGCUA